AUGGCUGAUCUCAGCACUAUCGUCAUGGUGACCCUUGUGAGCAUCCUUGCUGGGCUAUUGUAUCUCCUGCUGUCAAUUGGCAGCAGAGACUCACGCUUGCCUCCUGGACCUGCAACAGUGCCCAUCCUUGGAAAUAUUCCCCAGCUCCCUAAGAAACAGCCGUUUCUCAAAUUCACUGAACUUGCUAAAAUAUACGGUGGUCUAUUCACUAUAAAAGCUGGACCAAGCACUAUUGCCAUCAUCACUGACAGGAAAAUCGCACGUGAAGUCUUUGAUCAAAAAAGCUCCAUCUCCAGCAACCGCCCUCCCGCGUAUGUGGGUAAUGAAAUUAUAGGAGACCACGAUCAACCUCUUUUCAUGCCAUAUGGACCGAGAUGGCGCGUAAAUCGAAAGGUUUUUCACCAGAAUUUCAUGGAAAGCAUUGUUGAGAAUGACUACAUGAAGAUUGCGCACGCCGAGGCUUCCCAGAUGCUCCGAGACUUUGUGCUUGAUUCCGAACAUUAUAUGGAUCACCCACGGCGCUUUGGGAACAGCAUCAUGAUGUGUAUCAUAUUUGGGAUACGGGCUGCUUCAGUUGACACACCCCAUCUGCAUCGCGUUUUCGACACCAUUGAGCACAUUGACGAGAUCCUCCGGAUCGGUGCUACACCUCCAGUCGACAUCUUCCCAUGGUUGAAAUACGUUCCUCAGAGUCUGCUUGGUAACUGGAUCUCUCGCGCCAAGGAAGUCAAACGUAUCUUCCUUGCCACAUUCAUGGCUGGGUUUGAUCAUGUCAAAAAUCGUCGAAAGAGGCUUAGUGUCCGUAACUCGUUCAUUGAUCGGCUACUAGAUGAUGAGAAGCUGGUUUUCACUGAUCAUCGACUUGCCUUUCUUGCUGGGGGACUCUUGCUAGCUGGUUCGGAUACGACUGCUACCAUGGUUGUGUGCUUUAUGCAGGCGAUGGUCAAAUGGCCCGAGUUUGCGCGUAGAGCUCAGAAGCAGAUUGAUGCAAUUGUAGGCGAGGAUCGGACACCAACUUGGGCAGAUUACAAAGAUCUUCCGUAUGUGAUGGCUAUUGUCAAGGAAUGUAUGCGAUGGCGACCUGCUACUCCUCUGGGAAUUCCACACUAUCUUGACGAAGAUUACUGGAUCGAUGGCAAACUCUUACCAAAAGGCACGACUCUUAUUCUCAACGUCUGGGGCCUUCACCAUGACGAGGAAUACUUUCCCAGUCCAGAUACCUUCAACCCCGAGCGCUACCUAGACAAGACCCUACUCGCCGCCCACUACGUCAAUUCGUCUGACUACGCGAAUCGUGACCACUACGGAUACGGAGUUGGUCGUCGCGUUUGUCCAGGACUUCAUCUCGCAGAUCGAAACAUGUUUGUAGCCAUGGCCAAGUUGCUUUGGGCAUUUAACUUUGAGAAGUUCAUUGAUCCCGUUACUGGAAAUGUGGCUGAGCCUGACUUGGAUAUUGUAACGGGCUACAACAGUGACGGGCUUGUCAUGUUUGCCAAUCCAUUCAAGUUGAAGGUUAUACUCCGCUCUGAGGCUAGACGUGAGACCAUCAUGCGUGAGUUUGCACGCGCUGAAAGCGAGGUUUUUGCAAAGUACGAUGAGAAGAUCGAUGAAUGA